AUGAGCAAUAACUUGGAGUACUGCUUAAGUAUGCUGGAAGAAAAUGACAUUAAAAUUCAACAAAGUGCGUUAAAAAUUUUAUGUGAGCUCUGUGAUAAUAUUAUAAAAUAUCCCGAAGAAGAUAAAUACCGAAGAAUACGAAUAGGUAAUCCCUCCAUAACUGAUAAACUGCUACCAGCAUCCGGAGCUAUUGAAUGUUUAUUCGAGCUCGGUUUUAUAGAGGAUGGAGAAUUUUUUUCUUUACCAAAAAAUUCGCCAUUAUCUCAACUGCAAAGAGGCCAAAAGUUACUCUGGGAAUUACGUAAUAAAGUGAUGUCUGGUACAAAAGGCUCAACUAGCACAAGCGGCAGUUCUCCAGCAUCAAAAUCAACUGGUGCUAAGCCAAAGGAUUUAAAGCAAUCAAACAAUUUUCUGCAAACAAUUACUAGCACUUUUCAGGAAGCGCUGCGAUAUGAAAACAAAGAGCUUCAAGAGUACACAAAGCAUUUUGUUCCCAUCGAUCGAUUACAACUUGAAGCUAUCAAGAAAAUGAGAGCUUUCCAGCAGCAGCAGCAGCAGCAGCAGCAGCAGCAGAAGAGAAAAAAAAAUCCCCUUGGUAACUCACAGUCCGAGGAUCAAAUAAAUAAAAAUAAUUCUAUAGAGUGUGAACCAACGAUUGAAGACUUGCUGCUAAGUGAGUUGGUCCAUUGGUUCAAAAACGAGUUUUUCUCUUGGAUGAAUAGCCCAACCUGUAGAUUUUGCUCAGACGCUUGCCAAUUCAACAGAAAUGAAUUCAGAAAUGAUCCUCGAGUCUCGAGAGUUGAAAUACACAAAUGUAAAUCCUGCGAAGCAGAGGAAGAAUUUCCACGAUACACAGAUCCGAAAAUUCUGCUGACAACUCGGAAAGGCCGGUGUGGAGAGUGGGCGAAUGCCUUCACAUUAAUUUGCCGAUCCUUGGGUUAUGACACACGGAUAGUUUACGACAAGACGGAUCACGUAUGGUCGGAGGUCUGGUCGAUGUCCGAAAAUCGCUGGAUCCACGUAGAUCCUUGCGAGGAUGUCCUGGACAAACCUUUGCUUUAUGAGCGAGGCUGGAAGAAGAAACUGUCCUAUAUUAUCGCGUACUCCAGGGAUGAGGUGCAGGAUGUUACCUGGCGGUACACGAGGGACCCGGACGUGAUGAAGCGAAGGAUUCUUACAAGUGAGAGCAGUCUUUUAUCUUUGAUUUUAAGGCUGAACGAAGAGAGGUUCCGAUCCUCGGGUCCGGAGUACAGUGAGGCGAGGAAGAAGUUUGUUGUUAAGAGACGAUUAAUGGAACUCGCUGAGUUAUUGCCCGCUCCACCGGGCACCGUUAAACUGGGGGAUGGCAAUAAUGAUAAUAAUGAAUAUGGGGGAAGAGUUUCCGGUGAUGUAGCUUGGCGAUUAGCACGCGGUGAAUUAUCGGAAACACAUGAACCGUACGUAUGGAAAAUGUCAUCAUCAGAAUCGAAAAAAUUCAUACUAAAGUACAUAAUAACAAAAGAUAUUUAUCAGAUAUGCGACGAGACUGACAAAAUAAUAAACACAAAAGAAGGCUGGAGCAGCGGUGUAAAUAAAUGUGAAGGCGGUAUAUUCCGUAACACCGAGCGCGAUUGGAAAAUGGUGUAUUUAGCGCGAUCGUCCGGCAAUGAAAUUGGAAAAGUUACAUGGAGCAUUGAGCUGCCGAACGAAGUUGACAUAGAACUGUUUGAGUUACGUGCUGCUGUCGCUACCUUUAACAAUGCCAAUAUCCACUGGACUAUUGAGGGUAUAAAUAAUGAUAAUGUUAUCGUGUUACCCGUCGAUGACUGUAAAUAUUAUAAAACAAAUCAACUGCAAGCACGUAAAAUAAACGUGACUGUGAAAUUAUUAGGAGGUACAGGUGACGUUUCAUGGCAACAUGCUCAACUUUUCCGGCAAAGCAUCGAUGCUGCUGAAGAUUAUUCUCUGCAAAUAUGUAUAACAUUAAAACAUACCACGUGA